AUGUCCGGUUCUUACAAACCCGCAUUUUGCAAUAUCCUCUCCUGCAGGUACCAGAUUCCCAAGGAGGGUAUUCCCAAGGAGGCAGCGUAUCAGAUGAUUCACGACGAGCUGCUGCUGGACUGCAACCCGCGGCUCAACCUGGCGUCGUUCGUGACGACAUGGAUGGAGCCUGAAUGCGACCAGCUCAUUAUGGAGUCGCUCAAUAAGAACUACAUUAACAUUGAAGAGUACCCGGUCACCAACGAACUCCAGGAGCGCUGCGUGAACAUCAUCGCGAAUCUGUUCAACGCACCUCUGGGAGACGGGGAGGGAGCCAUCGGCGCGGGAUGCGUUGGGUCGUCGGAGGCGAUCAUGCUGGCGGGACUCGCGUUCAAGCGCAAGUGGCAGGAGAAGCGAAAGGCGGAGGGGAAGCCGUACGAUAAGCCCAACUUCGUCUGCGGCUCUGAAGUCCAGGUGUGCUGGGAGAAGUUUUCUAACUACUUUGAGGUGGAGACCAAGUUCGUGAAUGUGAAGGAAGGGUCGUUCGUGAUGGACCCGCAUGAUGCUGUGGAGGCCGUUGACGAGAACACCAUCUGCAUCUGUGGCAUUCUCGGGUCUACCUAUAACGGAGAGUUCGAGGACAUCAAGCUUCUGAACGAUCUUCUCGUGGAGAAGAAUGCCAAGACCGGCUGGGACACGCCUAUCCACGUGGACGCGGCGAGCGGCGGGUUCGUGGCUCCGUUCCUGUACCCCGACCUGGAGUGGGACUUCCGCCUACCCACGGUUCGGUCCAUCAACGUGAGCGGGCACAAGUUCGGGCUCGUGUACCCCGGCGUGGGGUGGGUGGUGUGGCGCAGCAAGGCCGACCUCCCCGAAGACCUCAUCUUCCACGUCAACUACCUGGGCGCGGACCAGCCCACCUUCACGCUCAACUUCUCCAAAGGUUCCAGCCAGCUGAUCGCACAGUAUUAUCAGUUCGUCCGCCUUGGCUUUGAGGGCUACCGCAAGAUCAUAGGCAACUGCCAGACGAACGCCAUGUAUCUGAAGAAGGCCAUAGAGGACAUGGGGUGCUUCGAGAUCCUCUCCAAGGACGUCGGCGUGCCCCUUGUCACCUUUGCACUAACGGAAAAGAACGGAAAUUUCAACGAGUAUGACAUUGCUGACGUGCUGAAGCAAUUCGGGUGGAUCAUCCCGGCCUACACCAUGGCUCCUGACCUCGAACACGUCACCAUGCUCCGUGCUCUCGUCCGAGAGGACUUCUCUCGUUCGCUCGCCGACCGCUUUCUGAACGACGUGCGCAUGACUCUCAAGAUCCUGGAGGAACGAGGCACUGCUAUGCCGCGCACCAAAUCCGUUGCUGACGCCGCUGCUGCUGCGGUUGCUUCGGUGCCCGAGCAUGCACCUGUGACAGUGGAGGUUCCUAAGCCCGGGUCCAAGCUGGCUCGCGACUUGGCAGCGGACGAGAUGUAUGUGCUGUCGCCGCUGGCAGGCACGCGUCUGAUGCCGCCCAAUAAGCUGGAGCACAGCCACUCGAUGGACUCGUCUGCUCUGCGUCAACGCACCUUCAGGGUAUUCAAGAAGAACAGCAUUGCCAAGACCAACGGGGUGUGCUAG